UACUUGGUUGCUCUAUAUAUUCCCCAUUCAUCACCGCCUUCUUUUUCUCAACAAAAUUCUGACAAUCUUUCUUUAAAUUCACUCAUUUAUUAUUUUGCAAAUUUGUUACAAUAAAUUCAUAUUUCUUGAAGUGCGACAAUAACCCAUCAAGCAUGAGGGAAAGUGAAGCUCAGAAGCUCAAUUUCAUGCUCAUUUUCUCACUUCUGCUGAUUUUCUGUUUCAAUGGCUCCCAAUGCAGCUCACUGCAUAACUCCCUAAUAUCUGAUCAAAGAGCGGAUAGCUUGUUGCCCGAGAUUUCUCCGACCGGAAAUCCUGAACCCCUGUAUCCUCUUCUUGGACCGUCUCCAUCGUCUCCCUUCACAAUCACAAAUAACACCACCCCAAAGUUAUCAGGCCUCUGUACGCUAGACUUCGAUGCAAUAGAUACCAUGAUGAGCAUUACCGCAACAGAUUGUUUCACGGUAUUUGCACCGUACCUUGCCAAUGUAGUAUGCUGUCCACAACUUGAAGCAACUCUCGUGAUACUCAUUGGUCAAUCCAGUAAAAAAACCAAAACACUUUCUCUAAACUCGACUCACGCUAAACACUGUCUUUCCGACUUUGACCAAAUUCUCACGAGUCAAGGUGCGGAUAACACUUUGCAGCAGAUUUGUUCCAUUGGUCCGUCAAACCUAACUGAAGCUUCUUGCCCAGUAAAAGAUGUUGACGGGUUUGAAAAAAUGGUCAACGCUUCUAAGAUUCUUGAUAGUUGUGGGAAGAUUGAUCUUGUUAAUGAGUGUUGUCGGGAGACGUGUCAAAAUGCUAUAUCGGAAGCUGCCAAGGAUCUUGCGUCUGUUUCUAAUGAAUUUGAUGCAAUGGGUAUGUCGGAUAUCUCGACUCGGGUGAUUAACGAUUGCAAAAGUAUUGUUUUGAGAUGGUUAGCAAGUAAACUUGAACCGUUACGUGCCAAAGAAGCCCUUAGAGGUUUAGCUAAUUGCAAUCUUAAUAAAGUUUGCCCAUUGGUUUUGCCAAAUGUCCGACCUGUCGCACAAGGUUGUGGAGAUGAGAUUAGCAACCAUACAUCAUGUUGUAAUGCAAUGGGAAGUUAUGUAUCUCACUUGCAAAAGCAAAGCUUUUUAACCAAUUUGCAAGCGAUAAAUUGUGCGGCUUCACUUGGGCACAAGUUACAAAAAGAAAACAUAACGAACAAUGUCUAUAAUCUUUGUCAUGUAAACCUCCAAGACUUCUCCCUCCAAGCAAACGGAAUGCAAGGGUCGGGAUGCCUUCUUCCUAGCUUGCCUUCAGAUGCAACAUUCGACAAAUAUUCACGAGUGAGCUUCAUUUGCGAUCUCAAUGAUCACAUUCCCGCACCGUGGCCUUCCGUUUCACAUCCUGCCCCUUCAUCGUGCAACAAAACUGUAAAGGUCCCUGCACUUCCUGCAGCAACUUCUGGACAAAGAGGUCUCUACGCCGAUGCUGUUAUGUUUCUUCUUGUUUACGCGAUGACAUUCAUUCUUGCGACGCCUCGUUGACUUUCUAAUGGAUCAAGAUCUUGCUUACUUAUAGUUGAAAGGUCAGACUUUCUUAAAAACUAACCCUCCUGAGUGGCCCCGUUAAACUCCGAGACACAAGAAUGUGAAAAUGGUGAAGAUAUUUGGCGGGGAAUUCGUUUAACUUGCAAAUGUUAAAAGAAAAAAGUUUGUAUUGAAGUUGAGCUGUUGUUUAAGCAUUCUUGCAUAGUGUUAUGUAAUAAGAAUUCUGUAAAGAAAGUGAGUGCAUGUAAAUAUUUUCAAGGCAUACAAUCUACAAUCAUUUAACUAUA